AUGGCACCCCAAGACUGGAAGGCUCCGGCCGUUGCGGAUGCCGAUAAGCCAGAGGAAAAGAAAAAAGUCCGAGCAUAUUUACAGACGCUCGGAUAUCUGGAUAUCUCCAAAAGCCCCGAUGGCGGAUUCUCAGAGGCGGAGGAUUAUGCUGCCCUCCGUAAGUUCCAACAUUUCUACGGACUAAAUGAUGAAACUGGGUCCUACAACGAGAAAACAAAGCAGGCCAUGACAGAGAAGCGCUGUGGUAUCCCUGAAAACAAUGUAGUUGCAAGUUUCAAUACCGGUCCUCCCAAGUGGAACAAACAGGUCAUUACUUGGAAACUGAAGAAUAAGUCCCGGCAUCUGGGACAAGAGAAUGCCCGAACACAAAUCAGAGACGCGUUUGCUGAAUGGCAGAAAUACUUCCGAUAUCCCCAGAUAGAGGAGUCGGAAAAUGAGGAAGAAGAUAUCAGUAUUGAGUUUGCUGAAACUCAUCAUGGCGAUGGAUACCCAUUUGAUGGCCCUGGGAACGUGCUCGCUCAUGCGUUCUUCCCACUUCCUAGCAGUGGCGUGCUGGCUGGUGAUAUGCAUUUUGAUGAAGCGGAGCAGUGGACCACCACAUUCCUGCGACAGGUGGCUUUGCAUGAACUCGGUCAUUCACUUGGACUUGACCAUUCUAGUGACCCUAAUUCAGUCAUGUGGCCUUGGUUCAACGGCAAGUCCAAGCUCGAACGUGACGAUAUUGCGCGGAUCCAAACUCUUUAUCCCGAGCAUACUCUGUGA